AUGACGCAGUUUGUUAGGGCAAACAAAAUCGUCAAGCGCAUCAAAUAUCAUCUGAAGGAACCAUUCAUUAGUCAAGCGGUCAUCACGUCCAACCGGGCUCCACAGGACAGCAGCUUCUUGGAGCUUCCCUUGGAAAUCAAGCUGAACAUUUGGAAACGCCUUCCCACUGUCGCAGAUCGCCUGUCGCUUGCAUUGACUUGCAAAGAGAACGCGGAGAUGUUCGAAGACAUCAAGGAUGUUAGGCUCAGAGAUGGAAUAAGCUUCUUGCUUCCCAAGCCACAACGAACAACCAGAGUCCACCGCCUUCAGGUUCUCGUCCGUCUGCAGACCUGGGUCCCGGACGAUUGGCGCCUCUGCUACCGAUGUGGCCAGUACAUCAACCUGUCGGAUCCUGUGAAUGCAGGGCCAUGGGGAGGAGAUACCAACAUUGUAUCCAAUGGACUGGCAACCGACAGAGCCAUGAGGGAAGGACCACGUUGUGCUCUCUGCAUUGCGGCAGACCACGUUGAGAUGACCAGGCACAAGAAUACUUACAAGAAGUACGUGAAAUUGGCAAACAGUGUUCGUCUGCACUAA